UUCUGAUAUUCUUAACUCAACUUAUAAGCUUGGCACUUUAUUCUCGUAGCAUGCUGGUUUGUCAACUUUGGAAAUGUCACUACCAUACCUACAAUAUCAAAAUGGACCGUCUAAUACAAAAUUAAAUGUAACAUGUUUAUAAAGAACUGCCAUAAGACUGAACAGCCGCAAGCCACAGCUGACUCACCACCACCAGAACAGAAGAAAGAUACAAAGGAGCCUGUGGUUGAUCCGUGUUUGGAACAGCGGAGAAGAGACAGAGCAAAGAGGGGGGUGAAAAUCUGUCCUAAAGCACCGCCGAAACCGGUAGCCAAAGUUGAGGUGAAAGCUGAAGCUGUAGCUGAAAAGAUAAAUUCUGACUGUCUCGGUAUCUGUCUUGAUCGGAUAAAAAAUCCUCUGCUUAAAGUUGACCAUCCUUGUGGAGGAGGAUCAUCAUCAUCUGGUGCAUCAUCUACGACAGAUUAUCCAAUACCCUGCAUUGUUGAGAGGCAGCUGCCGGGAACCGCAAGGUGUGACAAAAUAAGAGACGCGGUCGCCGCCUUCCCCGACAAACCUCCGGAAAACUGCAGCGAACCCCCUCCCCCGCCCCCUCCUCCUCCGCCGAAACGUACUCCUUGUGAAGAACAACUUCGACAAGCGAGAAUUGCUGAAUGUAAGAAAAGAAUGCAAAGAUAUUUGGAAUGAUGG